AUGAGUAAUUACGGAGUUGGUCUUCGUACCACUCGGUGGAGCAGUCGCAAGGGGAAGAUGGAACACCACGAUGGCAGGAGGGCCUCCUCUGCACAAGGGACCUCACCACCAUCAUCGCCUGCACCACUUAAAACAACGGCGACAACGACUCCGGCUGGCCAGCGCCGUGAGAAGAAGCGCCCGCCCAAAUCAUCAUCCUCCCAAUUCUUCUCGCUGCUCAGCCACGGCGCGACGCACGUGCAGAAGCUCGUUGGCGUCGAAGGCAGCGGCGCUGGUGGUGUGCACCACCCGAGCCUGGAGGAAUCGCAUCUCUUGGGUUCUACUCAUCUCGACGACGAGCACGACCAGGUCCUUGACGCGGCGAUCCACAACUCGACAACAGAUGAAGAUGAAGAAAGAGAAAUGGAUGGAAGGACAAGGAGGAGGCAGAGAGGCAGUGUGACGAGCACCAACUCGCGAUAUCGCGAGGAGGCGAGCAUCAGGCGAUCGUCCCCCGCGCAGCCUUCGGUCUCGGCGCCCAACCUGACUGCGUCGGCCGAGAUGGCCCUUCGGGCCCAGAAGCUGCACCACCGCAAGGCGGCGAGCGAAAUGCAGGCCAUGAAGGGCGCCGGGGCGCCACCGGUCACGGCCCCGGUGCCGAGGCGCAAGCGGGUGAGGCUGGUGCCGUCGAAGGAGGAGACCAUCAACCGCAACUACUUUUUCCUGCGCGAGUACCGAAGCGACAGCGACAGUGACAGUGGCGCGAGCGACACGAGCGACGGCGAGGAGAACGAAGACGAAGCCAAGAAAAUGGAGAAGAGCAGCAAAGGAGAGAACGAAAACGAAAAAGAAGAGAAAGAACGAAAGCGACGCAAAGACGAGUCUGGGCAAGAUGAGGAGAACGAAACCGAAGAGGAGAAGGAAUCGGCGCACAAGGAGGCCGAGGAGCCGGGCACCGUCGUGGGCGGCAGCGAGAGCAUCAACUGGGACGGCGCGAAGGAGAGGGUGGUGAAGCGGAAACAACAGAAGGGGCACAAAAAGGGGAUGAGCGGUGGCUGGGUGAUGAAGAAGGUGCUGGUGCUCAUGGGCAGCGCGGACAAGGUCAAGGGACUGGUCACGCGCAACAAGCGGCACAAGUCGCGGCGAUCGCGGCGCCCACGGUCGCGCCACCACGUUGUGAUGGAGAACACCGACGGGGAGGACGAGCUCUACGAGAUGAUGGAUCUGCACCAUGACGUCGGCGACGAGGACUACGACACUACUGAUGUCGAGGCGUGCGAGGAGAUCGAUGAGGUCGAAGCCAAGAAGGCGCGCGAGGAGCAGGCCAUCCUCUUUUUGAUUUCUUUGUGCCGAGCGCUGCACAAGUAUGGAGCGCCAGCACAUCGCCUCGAAUACAACCUGCGCCGAGCAAGUGAGAGCCUGGGCAUUGAGGCGUCAUUCGCAGUGAUGCCCAGCUUGAUUCUGAUCUCCAUCGGACCGGAAGACAAUCGACGAUCGGAAACGCACAUCAUUCGCUCGUCGCAGAGCCUCAACUGCGCUAAGCUGUUCUGGACGGAUGACCUGAUCGCCAGGAUGGCCAACAACGAGAUCGAGCUUCCGGACGCCGUAGUGGAGCUCGCCAGCAUCAACCGCCGGAAACCGCUCUACCCGCUCUGGCUGAUGCUGCUGUCGUUCGGCGUGUGCUCGGGCGCCUGCGCCCCACUCUUCUACGGCGGUGGCUGGCCCGAACUGGCGUUCUCUUUCGGGCUGGGCCUCAUGACCGGAGUGCUGAAUUGGCUCUCGGGCAAGAUCGAGCCCUUGGGCCUGCUCAUUUCGGCGGUGGCGGCAAUCCUCUGCGCCUUUUUCACGCGCCUCUUCAUCGAGUACGUCCAGCCCAUAUGCUACCUGCCCACAGUCCUGUCCGGCAUCAUUUGGUUACUUCCGGGGCUCUCGAUCACCAUAUCAAUCACGGAGCUCGCCACGGGCAACAUGAUAUCGGGCACCACCCGCAUCUUCUCCGCCAUUAUCACCACGCUCCAGCUGGGCUUUGGAAUGACGCUUGGAAUGAAGUUGGUCAUGUGGACGAGCGAAGACAACUUCAUCGUAAUGAGAGAUUCGGUCUCCUGCUCCGGGAUCGGUGGUCCAUGGACGAUACCGCUCUUCUUGUGUGUGUCCAUCACCUUCAACCUCCUGCUUGAAGCCCAUCCGCGCCAGUGGGGGAUCAUGAUGGUGACGGCGCUGCUCAGUUUGACCAUCUCGGAGGUCACGUCGUACUACGGUUACUUCAGCGAUGAGCUCGCGUCCGCGCUCGCUGCAUUUGCGGUGGGUGCCGUGGGCAACAUUCACGCACGCAUAUCGGGCCACCCGGCCAUCGUAUCCAUCAUAGCCGGUGUCCUGUUGCUGGUGCCGGGCAGUAUCGGUGUGAAAGGCGUCAAGUCGUUGAUGGAGGACGAUGUCGUGUCGGGGAUCCAGUUCGGCUUCUCUAUGCUCACCAUCGCCCUCUCCAUAUGCGUCGGCCUCCUCACUGCCAACCUCUUCAACCUGGGCAAGAAGCAUCUCGGCUUCUAG